UGAGCAAGUGAAAAAGUUUCGUGGCAUAUGUUACCGCUCCGUUAGACGCUUCAGUUAGGCGUCCCGCAGGGCAUGACGUCAUACAAAAUUGAAAGCAUCCCCGACAUUUUUUGACCGGGAACACGAGCCCUAGUAGCAGGUCCUGAAAGAUUAAAAAAAAAUUAUGGGGUUUUACGUGCCAAAACCACUUUCUGAUUAUGAAGCACGCCGUAGUGGAGGACUCCGGAAAUUUCGACCACCUGGGGUUCUUUAACAUGCACCUAAAUCUAAGUACACGGGUGUUUUCGCAUUUCGCCCCCAUCGAAAUGCGGCCGCCGUGGCCGGGAUUCGAGCCCGCGACCUCGUGCUCAGCAGCCCAACACCAUAGCCACUGAGCAACCACGGCGGGUAAUGAAAGAUUACAGCUUAUCCCAUCCUGGUGUUAACAGCGCAAAAAAAAAAAAAAAAGUAGACGGGACACGAGACUAGAAGACGCGCUUGUGGUGUCGUCUCGCGUCCAGUCUACGUUUCUUGCGCUGUUAACACCAGGAUGGAAAACCAACAAGCCCAAGCUGCUAUUUUCGCUUAUCCCAGGCUCCCUGAAUUCACGAAGCAUACCGCUACACGAGGCAUGGUCCUCGCUUCUGUCAGUGAGUUCUCUUUUUUCCUCCUAUCAUCACAGCUGGCACGAAAGUCUACAGACUCACCGGUCGUCGUUAAGGCAUUCAUCUUUGUUGGCCAUCAGCUGUGUUCACGCAAUGCGCCUAGCGAGGGGGAUUGCAAGUGGCCUCGGCCCUAGGGAAUCAAUUAUAUCCUCCGCUGACAGCGCGUGCUCCAAAUCUUCGAGCGAUUCAAGCCCUAUCAGCAGCAAUGUAUGCGCAGCCAAGGCGUGAACAGGCCACGUAGCAGUAAGACAACUCGGCUCUUCCUUUCGACGUCGCAGUGCUUGAACAAUGGAGCGCCAAAAGUCAGUCGCAUAUUUGGAGGCGCGCUGGACCCUACUGUCCUGCCUCGUCCUGUGCAUGAUCACGAGUGCCACAAGCUGCAAGCAGCUCAGUAUCUUAUCAGGAAAGCGUGUGCUAGAAGCAAGGGCCAACUUCGGGAAAGUGAUGAAAGACUGCAGUAAAGAACUUGCAAAAAUGGCCUCGCUCACGCCCAAAAAGGACUUUGGCCAGAGGGUGUCGCUUAUCUGCGCCGCAUACAACAGCUGCAUUGGUGAAGCAAAUGAGAAGAUAAAGGAAGGUGCCCAUCAGAAGCCUCACCAAAUGGUUCUCGAGUGCGGAAUGAAGAUCACCCAAAACAAGAGCUCGCAGUUCUACACAGUGCUCGGAGACACCGACAGACUCAUGAACGCGGUGCACGAGGCAUUGGCGUGCCUUAAUCAGACAGGAGCAAUAGACUUGCCAUUGGAGACACUCGACGACAUGGUUGCUUUCGCAAGGCGAUUCUCGAUGACCCUUGGAUGA